CUCCGAUCCCUCUCGCGAAUUGUCAAUUUUCAAACCUUAUACAUGAUUGAAGUCAUCAUUCCACUCAAAUAAGGCCAUGUGUUGAUGAUGAUAUUUCAAGAAUGAAAUAUCACGAUAACGUGCAUAUAAAUUACGAAAAUCGGAACUAAGAUCCUAAAAUCACGAACAUAAAUCACUCUACUUGUGCCUAAAAUAUCACGAUACGUGAAUGGAAAUCAAGAAAAUCGUGACUAAGGUCCUGAAAUCAUGAACAAAACAUAACACUCUGUCAAAAAUUCCGAUACGAAACUCGUGUUAAACAUAUCACGGUAACGUGAAUAUAAACUACGACAAGCGUGACUAAGGUCCUGAAAUCAGGAACAUAAACUGUGCAACUUUGCCAGAACUCAUGAACUUUGCCAGAAUAUCAUGGAAACGUGAUGAGAAAUUACGAAAAUAGCGACAAAGCUCCAGAAAUCAUGGACAUCGUUUAAAUGUUAGUUCUUUUAGUUGAUAUAUUUUACACACCAGUGUAUCCCCAAAUUAUCCACGAAAUCGUGAUUUUUUGUUCAUGAACGGAUUUUUUUUCUGUACGACAUUCGUUAUUCUAUCUCUUAUUUUUAUAAAGAGUCCGUCUUAUGAUUUGUUUCAAUAUCUAUUUAAAAAUCUUUGCGGGUUUCAAAGGGUUCAGCCCACGGCUUUCACAACCACAACCAAACCAAUCAGCCGGUAGUUACGUUUGGUGUAGUAUAGCUUGCUAACGCUAGUACCAGUUGCCCCUGGUUACCAAAUUGUCAACAGAGAGCAUACCGUACGAGAGUACAUACACUCUCAGCCAUACACCACAAGUUGUCUCUCUCAGCUGAGCUGCUCUCUCUCUAUCGAUAUAUAGGGUUCGCGUUUUCGCUUGGCAGAUUCUUGUUUAUUUUGCAACGUCACCGCUUUCUUGUGUUGUCGGUACGGUGAUGCCCACCGCUCUUACAACGUCACGAUAAAUCCACGGCGAGACGGGAUUGCUAUCAACAGCAUAAGCAUUUGUAGUAUUAUAGGAUAUAGUACGGCGAGCAGUGGCGCGUCGGCGUUCGCAAAGAAGCGGCAAAGUAAAUAUAUACGAAAUCGAUUCUAGCGACAGCAGGCAUUCGUUUGGCGACCGUCACUGAGAUACGAUGCGUUCGCGGUGAUAUAGCUGAUACUUUUUUAUUCAUACUGCCAGUGGAAAGUGAAACUCAUCGUCGUUACCGUGUAAUCCGUUCCAAGUGUGUUGACUGAAUGCGAUAUCGGAAAGAGGUGGUUUGUUGAAAGAAAUCAGGUGUUGAAUGAUCUAAAGCUGCGAAACAGAAGUCUUAUAAUGUGCUAAACGGUACUACUAUUCUGGAAGUGAGUUGAAGAAUGAUAGAAAAAUUUCGAUCGGUAGUAGUGUAAAACUAGAAGCAAAGAAGAAAUCGAAAAAUGAAGUUCGAAGAAAGCAGUCAAUCGCCUCGCAACGAUGACAAUAGUAUUGACCAGUCACCGACCCAACGACAGCAGCAGUUGGAGUACGCGUCUCCCACCAGUACAAAUAGCUUUACUAGCAGCAGAAAUAUCAGCGGUCAGCAUGACGCGGAACAAACACGGGUGCCCACGGGAGAAGGGGUGCCGAGUGUUUUCCUAAAUAAUGAACCUGACAGCGACGACGAACAGCCUCAGCGGGGGGAAGUGGUGGUACUGGUAACCACGCACAUUGGUGGAGAAACGGCAAAACCGGACCUGGAGAGGCGAUCAUCAUCACAGCUGAGUGAAAAUGACACCGGUACUCCGACAACCGGCAAACCACCGACAACCAGCAGAAUACGUGCCACUGCGUUGGGGGUAUUUAAUCAGAUUCUGGUGACAUGUGCAGUGCUGCUGCUGGCGGCAGCAUGCGGGAUGCCCAUCGGAUACUCAGCGGUCCUGCUGCCUCAGCUGUACAACGUGAGUGAACCGCUUCACAUCGACGUCGAGAUGGGCUCGUGGAUCGCCAGCGUACACAGCCUCGCCACCCCGGUCGGUUCUUUCGCGUCCGGCCCCAUCAUGGACCGUUGGGGUCGCAAACCUGCACUACUGCUGGCCAUCGUCCCUCUGCUCUGUGGCUGGAUUUGUCUUGCAACGGCAUCAUCGCACUUCCUCAUCCUGCUCGGACGAGUCAUCGCUGGAAUGUCCGUUGGACUGAUCGCCGCCCCCGCACAGGUCCUCUUGGCAGAGAUCGCUGAACCGCGUCUCCGUGGUUUACUCAUUGGCGCUCCGUUCGUUUCCUACUCGAUGGGAAUUUUACUGGUUUACGCUAUGGGCAGCCAUCUGCACUGGCGGGAGGUUGCGUGGGGUGGAACCGUGCUACCCGUGCUGUCCUUCAUAGCAAUAACGUUAACUCCGGAAACACCUAUUUAUCUGACAAGAAACCACCAGCUGGAGAAAGCGGCCAAAGCGCUGUUAUGGCUGCGAGGUUGUCCGAUUCUGGCCAAGCGGGAACUGCUACAACUGAUAGACCGAGUCCUGUGUGAGACUGAAGGAGACCAAAACAAAGGCAUUUGGAAGUCAUUGGCCAAUAUUUCUCUAAUCAAGCCACUUCUAAUUAUCAACGGGUUUCAUCUGCUACAAAUCCUCUCCGGGACGUACCUGGUAGUGUUCUACGCAGUGGAUAUAAUUUCUGACAUGGGUGGAAGCGAUAUCAACACGAUGCAGGCAGCAGUCCUUACGGCUGUAGCACGUCUUGUCUUUACGUUUCUCUACUGCUUUCUGCUGUUAGUGAUGCCUCGACGGAUGAUGGUGAUCGGUAGUGGCAUUGGUUCUGGUCUCAGCUGCUUGGUGCUAUCCAUCUUUUUGUACAUCCGAUUGGACGCCGUCAAAACGCCGACAGACACCUACGUAGCAGCUGUAUUCAUUCUGCUCUAUAUCGGAACCAAUACCGGAUUCAUGACCAUGCCCGGAAUCAUGAUUGGUGAACUACUGCCGGCGAAAAUCCGCGGACGGAUAGCGGGAUAUCUGUUCACACUGUUUAACCUGUUGCUAUUCGGCGUUGCCAAAGGAUUCCCGUAUGCGAAGGAAACGUUCAAAACACAAGGUCUGUUCCUAAUAUUCGGCGUUGCCUCAUUCGGGGCGUCCUUGUUGCUUUAUCUGAUGCUACCGGAGACUAAGGGUCGGACACUGCACGAAAUCGAAGAUUAUUUCCAGCGGGGAAACUGGCUAUGGAUCACGAGGAGUCGCAAGCCAUUGAAAGCGACAGUGGAUGCCGACAUAGAGGAGGGCGAACCUCUUAGGGAAAUAAAAGACUAGGGUAAAAUCUAACAGAAGCUUGUAAAUACUGCCAUUUAUUGGUAUUUUAAUAGCCGUUUGUCAGAUUGACAAAAUGUGUGUGUAGUAAGGAAACAGCGUAUGAAAUGUAUUUUGUUUUACACAGCGAAUGACAAAAAUGUGCGCCACUACCUCUUAAUGAUUCUGCCUUGUAUCGGUGAACCAAUAGUUAAAUAGGAAUGUCACAAGUAUUUAUACAACUGGACGCUGGAAGACCUUAUACAUUACAUCAUAUGACAUAUUUGCUGCGACUUAGCCUUCAACAAAUAGUCUUGCCAAUAACGUGCUAUGCUUGAAAAAUAUAAAUGAUUUGUACCGGGGAUUGAAAGUUUGGGCAGGUACCUUACAGAAACUGCGAUACCCGGGAGCAAAUAAUUACGUAAUUAGUUACUAAACCAACCGAGAAUUAAACUAAAAAUAUAGACAAAGAACGAAGAAAUUCAAACUACAAAUAUUUCUCCCAAUAUGACCACAGAGUAGAAAAACUAUUGUGAUAUUACAUGUUAGGGAUUUAGCUACUGAAACACACAAAGAUAUGUUUACGAAAAUAAUAGUAUUUUUGUCAAGGGGAUUUACUCCAAUAAACCAUGUAACAAUAUGUGUAAAUCAAUAAUAAAUUUAACGUCUAGUAUUAUAUAGAAUAAACAUUCCUGAGUGAUAGGGAUGAAAAGUCACACAAUUUAUUGAAUUAGAACUGUCAUGUAAACUAAAAAAAUAUAAUCUAAUA